AUGUCUCUCGCUUAUCUCGCGGGCGCGCUGGUCCUCGCAGCAGCAGUUUUAUGGAAGGGAGUGGAGACUCGUAGGAAGCGCGACGGCAAGAGAUACCCUCCUGGACCAUCGCCUCUGCCUCUGCUCGGAGUGGCGCAUCUCAUGGGUGGCACUACGCCGUGGGCGGUAUUCACUAACUGGAAAGCCGAGUACGGCGACAUCGUUUAUUUCCGGCAGUUUGGUCAAGAUGUCGUGGUGCUGAAUUCCGAAGAAACCAUAAGAGACUUACUAGAGAAAAGAUCAAGCAAUUAUUCGGAUAGGAUGUAUAUGUCCACCAGGGAACCCUACGGGUUGAACUUCGACACCGUUUUUCACCCUCACAAUGAGACGUGGCGUGCCCACAGGCGUAUCGCUCACCAAGGCCUUCGCGAGCACCACGUGGACAUAUACCAGCCGACACAGCUUCGCUUCACCGACGCACUCGUCAAGAACCUAGAGACUUCGCCCGAUCACUAUCACAGUCACUUUCAGAGGUUUGCUGCCUCUGUCGUUCUUUCUGCUAUAUAUGACCAUGACGUGGUCGAUGAUGACGACCCGAUUCUGAAGGCAGUGGUCGAAGCGUUAAAUAUCUUGGUGCGGGUGCAAACACUGGAUAACACUAUCCUCAACAACGUUGUCCCGUUCUUGAAGUACACUCCUACCUGGCUCCCAGGGGGGUGGCGCAACGUCACGGAGGGGCGAUUGAAGACAGAAAGGAUGCUUAACCUGCCGAUUGAGGAUCUCAAGAAGAAAAUCGCAUCAGGUAGCGCGGGACAAUCAGUUGCUUUGGAGUCAAUGGAGAGGUUUGGAAACACCAACAAGGUUCCUGGCUUUGAGGAAGUGGUCAAGGGUGCAUGCUGUAGUCUCUAUGCCGCUGCCUCAGAAACGACUUCGUCUACACUCAUGAUCUUCCUCCUCGCCAUGGUGAAAAAUCCUGGCGUCCAACAGCGAGCGCAGGAAGAGAUCGACCGCGUGCUGGGUCCCGACCGUCUUCCCGAAUUCUCUGACCGGUCAUCGCUACCUUACAUCGAGGCUGUCUGGCGGGAGACAUUGAGAUGGAGUCCUGUGGCACCGCUAGGUAUCCCUCAUUCAGCGACUAACGAUGACGUGUACAAGGGGUGGUGCAUCCCAAAAGGAACUAUCGUAAUAGCAAACGUAUGGUCAAUUUCACAAGACCCCAAGAAAUAUUCCUCUCCAACCUCAUUCCAACCUGAGAGGUUUCUCGACGACAAGGGCGGGCUAACAGACGACCUACCCGCCUACGCCUUUGGCUUUGGAAGACGCAUUUGCCCUGGGCGUCACUUCGCUAACAACUCGCUGUGGAUUGUAAUCGCUCGGCUUCUGGCUAAUUUCAAGUUCGAAUCCGAUUUCGUGCGAAGCGGAGGGGACGUGAAGUGGCUUACUGCUGCGACGUUCGUUCCUGAGCCUUUCCCAUGCCGGAUCACACCUCGAAGGAGUCACUAGAAUGUCGUAUCAUAUUUUAAGACAAUAUAUGUAUUAUAAGAUCCAGCAUAGCAGUGCAAGCUAACACGACACGAACCGAAUAAAUGCUAGACAAAAG